UUUUAAAAUGGACUAUUUGCCAUCAGAACACUCAGUUGUCAUCAAUCCUAUCACAGGAAAUACUAUGCUUGGUUCAAAUAUUGAAAGAGAGAUUUCUCCAAACAAGCCUCAGCCUGAUGAGCUAGCCUAUAUUAACAGAAUGAGAUUACAUGUGAAGGAGCAUCCUAGCCUGAGAGGUUCCUUAACGCUUGCUGGUAAAACUAACUAUGCUAGCUUAAAUGGGUAUAAAAACCAUUCAAAAAUCCUAAAUUCUUCAAUAAGAGGAAAGGAAUUGAGGCAGAGUGCUUUCCUCUCCAACUCCAUUGACAUGGGAGCCAAAAAUAAUGCGACUGCUAAAGGUAGCAUUAGGAAUAAGUCAGUUGACUUUACUAGUAAUAGAAGAGCUAAUAUGCACAGCUCAAAAAUGAGCGGUUUACAUAACCUAGACUACUCUAUGGAUAACAUUAACGACAGGAGCAUGUACCCAUAUCUCCAAUCACAGGAGAAAAUAGAUGAUAAUAAGAUGAGGCCUCUUAAGAAGUCAGAUAUAGAGGGUGCCUCUCCAAACCACUUCAAGCAUAAACCAAAGAAAUAUUUCGUUGACAGCCAGCAGAUCAAGACAAUUUUCAACCAAAGACCUGGAAAAUACCAUGGGUACCUUAGAGAUGUUAACUCUGGAGGAACAUAUAUCGUUGACAGGCCUGAAAAGAUCUUUAAAUGGUCUUUAAACAGCAAGAAAGAUAUAAAUAACAGAUUCAACCUGAAAGACAAGGAAAGACAUGAAGAACUUAAGUACACCAAUAGCCUAACUGAGGGAAUGAAGAAUAUCAGAUCCCAAAAACUCUCUGAAGGAGUAAGUCAGGAUAAGUAUGUGCAGAAUCAUUUAACUGAUUACACCAGUGUGCAGGAUUACAAAAACUACACUCCACAGGCUAGCAUUGCCAACAUCGACACUAUCGGACAAAACAGUCCGUAUUCAAGAAUGCACCGUGCCAAGAAUCAUUUAUAAAG